AUGACGAUUACUGUGGGUGUCCUCGCCCUUCAAGGCGCCUUCGCUGAGCAUCUGAAGCUGCUACAAGCGGCCUCAAGGAGCCUAGUUGCAAAGCAACCCCAGACAUGGAGCUUCCUUGAAGUCCGAACCCAGGCGCAGCUUGAGAGCUGCGAUGCCUUGAUUAUCCCAGGCGGAGAGAGCACUGCCAUUGCACUGGUGGCUGCGCGGUCGAAUCUGCUGGAGCCGCUUCGAGACUUUGUCAAGGUACACCGGAAACCAACCUGGGGAACCUGUGCGGGGUUGAUCCUCCUGGCGGAGUCUGCGAAUCGAACAAAACAGGGCGGCCAGGAGCUUAUCGGUGGGUUAGAUGUGCGCGUGAACAGGAACCAUUUUGGCCGUCAAACCGAGAGUUUCCAGGCGGGCUUAGAGUUGCCAUUCCUAUCGUCCGUGGACAAUAUCGAGCCACCCCAGCCGUUCCAAGGAGUCUUUAUCCGAGCCCCAGUUGUGGAAAAGGUGCUUCCUCACAGUGACUCCAUACAGUCUGGAGAACAAAAGAAAGAGGAUACUGUAAUAGCACCCUCGCGACAACCGGAGAACAUUGUAGCGCAAAAGGCCAUGAGCGAUCAUGUGGACGUGCUCGCAAAGUUACCAGGAAGGGCGGCUAGGCUAGCCAACCGCGGCUUGGAUGUUGCGGCCGAUCCAGAUGCUGGCGACAUUGUUGCAGUCAGACAGGGAAACGUGUUUGGGACAAGCUUCCAUCCCGAAUUGACCGAGGAUCCUAGAAUUCAUAUGUGGUGGCUCCAGCAAGUGCAAGAGGCAGUGGAAAAGGCUCAGUCCGAAACCACCUUGGCUGUCGAUAAAAUGGUCAACUAA